UGGCUGUCCAUCUAGGAAGCUACUCUCCACGUGGCCUUGAACCUGGAACGACGUGGUAUUAGCAGCCGAAAGCAAUUCUCCGACGUGGACUAACGAAGAUGCUUGGCCCAAAAAGAUUGACUUUCGUAAUGGGCUUUGAGAAUGGAUUGGCACAAAUGGGCCUGAGGCAGUCUCGGCCCAUGUUUCGUAGGUCGGUACCCCACAGAAUUCCAUUUCCCCCAUAAAAUGUGAACCAUUACCAAGAGUCAAUGGUUUCCGUUGAUCGCACAAAAGCCGGCCAUGGAUUUGUAAAUGGAUUGAUCAAAAGCUAAGCCGUCACCUUUUUGAACAUGACUGUACAGAAGUGAUGAAAACUGAAGCCUUGAGCUAUUGGCAUGUGUGUCGGAGAAAAACUAUGUGCCGAUCCGGUUCUGUUGCCCGAGUCCCUGCUUCUUCACCGCCCCCAACAAUGGGAUUUCAAUCAAACCUAAGAAUGCUUAGCCUCUGGCUUUCGUUUUCGGCUUUUGGUUCAUCCUUAAAAGAGGUUAAUAUCUAAAAAUGACCUCGACAUGGUAAUGGACACGUGUCCACCCUCCUCGAUCCUCAAAACCCUCGCGAAAAUCCAUAAAUCUUGUCCUUUCUUUCUUCUUCAGAUCUUUAUAUUCCUUCCUUCGCCUCCAUUUCCGCUCUCGCUGCUUUCUGGGUUUUCUACAGACCCUUUUUCGAUUUGGGUUUGUGUUUGUUUGGCGCUGGAAUCACCUGAUUUCCCGUUUCUCCCCCUUUGCCUACGCGGGUUGAUCGUAUUGGAUUCUGCCAUCUCACAAUCCAUUUCCAGACAAACUUUGUUGUUGGGCGAGGAACUCGAGCAUUGAUGAUUAUUGCCUCUUGCCCGUGGUCUACCCCACGGAUCGAUUCGGGAGGCUUCAUUCACUCUAAGGUUAGUUCGAGGAGUGUUGAUGAUUAUAAAUUGUUAACUUUUCUCUCUGAAGAUCUAACAGGAACUUGGAGAAAUUUUCAAAUGUUUCGAGCCGGGCCGACGCUAAGAGAUGUGGAGUUUACAGAAUUCAGAAGCUUCUCUGAAUUUAACAUCUUCUAAAAUUAUCCAUCGGUUCCAUCUCAAAACGACGUGGUAGCGAAACUUGGUAGAGCUGAUCAUUGAAACGUCGUCGUUUGAUCUGGAGAUGAAAGCGGCCAUUUCUUCGUUGAUUAGCUUCAGAAAUUUCGAUCUCCACGAACCUUCCCUCUCCCGCUCUAUUUUCCGGCAGCUCCCUCUUCUUCUACCGUCUAAGUUCCCGGUCGUAUCCACCGACGCCAAGGCCAACGGCGCCAAUUUUACCAGCCUGCACCAGAAGUUCCGUUUCCCCUCUAUGAAAACCUCGCCGAUUAUGGCCUCAUCCUUCAAUCCCGAGCGAGCUACAUCUCCGCCUGCAGUUCCGCCGCCGGUACCUCCAGUCACCAAGUUUAAAAUCGGGCUAUGUCAAUUGAUGGCGACGCCUGAUAAGCAAAGGAAUAUUGAACAUGCUCGUAAGGCCAUUGAGGAGGCUGUGGAAAAGGGCGCCAAGCUUGUUGUCUUGCCGGAAAUAUGGAAUGUUCCUUAUUCACAGGAUACCGUAUCACUUUAUGCCGAGGACAUUGAAGCCGGUGGUGAUGCCUCCCCUUCAACAGCAAUGUUAUCUGAAGUUUCGCGUCGUUUAAAAGUCACAAUAGUCGGCGGCUCAAUUGUAGAGCGCUCGGGGGAUAAAAUAUAUAAUACUUGUUGUGUUUUUGGCACUGACGGAAACAUGAAAGCUAAACACAGGAAGAUACAUCUUUUUGAUAUUGAUAUCCCCGGAAAAAUCACUUUUAUCGAGUCCAAGGCCAUCGCAGCAGGUCAAACACCUACUGUUGUGGACACAGAAGUUGGACGUAUUGGUAUUGGAAUUUGUUAUGACAUUCGUUUUCCAGAACUAGCCAUGAUAUAUGCUGCAAGAGGUGCUCACUUGAUUUGCUAUCCUGGGGCAUUUAACAUGACCACUGGACCAUUGCACUGGGAGUUAUUGCAGCGCGCAAGGGCUGUAGAUAAUCUGUUGUAUGUGGCAACAUGUUCACGUGCUCGAGAUGUUGAUGAUAGUUAUGUAGCUUGGGGCCACUCAUCCCUUGUUGGACCGUUUGGGGAAGUGUUGGCUACAACUGAACAUGAUGAAGCAAUAAUCAUAUCUGAGAUUGAUUAUUCGCUUAUUGAGCUUCGAAGGACUAACCUACCACUUCUGAAGCAAAAACGUGGGGAUCUUUACCAGUUGGUAGAUGUUCAGAGGCUGAAAUCCGAAUGAAAGGUGCAAGGACUGCUUUGAACACUCUUUUGCUUAAACUUUUUCGGAUUAGAAUAAACUUUCUGCUACCGCACAAUCCCUACUUGUUUCGAAAUACUUCCACUACAGACUACGACUGUAGGUGCUGUACUGCUGCGGAUUUGUGUGAACAGGCACCUCCCUCUUAAAGUUCCAUUAUGCUGAUGAGUAACGCUCCAUGUCUGUAUGUUUUACAUAACUCAUCAAGGUUCAGCAGUUGGCAAUGGCACAAAUUUAACUAAUAAAGGCUUAUGUAGGACCAAUAUUA